CUAUUAAUGAGAUAAUAAAUUUCUGCACCUGGUUAUGGAGUAGGAUACAAGACUCCAUUCUCUGUAAAUUGUUAAGGAGCUGUAAAACUUAUCUCUUAGAGCUCAUAUUAAAAUUAAAUGUAAGCUAUAGGUCAACAACAAUUUUAACAUCAAUAACAAAGUUUUCCAUAACAAAUCAAUAAAUAAAUAUAUUCAAUUAAUGGCAAUUCCAACUCAAAUAGAGGAACAUGGGAUUAAUAAGGAGGAGUCUAAAGAAUUUAAACACCUCAUGGAAAUACUUCUGUAUAAAGUCCAUUAUAGGUUAUUGAUUUGUAGUAAGUAGAAGAACCUUGGAGGAUAAAGGUUAGCGAAUUAGAAAAUAGAAUAUAAGAAUUAGAGGCUCAACAAUAAAUAAAAUUAGAUGAUGAGGAUGAGGAAAGCGAAUUAUCCUAAGCAUAUAGUUAAAUUUAACAGUUAGUUAACACAAUAAAAAUAUUACAAGAGGAAAUUCAGUAAUUAUAAGAAAAACUUGAGUAGAAAUAAAAUGUUAUAGAUGGUUAAGAUAGAUAGAUAUAAGAAAAAGAUAAAGAAAUUGAAGAAGCUAAUUAAUAUAUUUAAGAAUUACAUGGAUAAUUAGAAGAAUAGACAACAAAUGUAGAAGAAAAACAUAAAUACUUGUUUGAUGAAGUAAACACAUGGAAAAAGAAGUUCAUAGAAUAAAAUAAGUAAUUAUUCAAAUCUAUAAUAGGGAAUUUCAUCAGAAAUAAGAAGAGCUAAUGAUUUUGUAAGCUGAACUCGAUAAUCUUAAGAAUGCUCAAAUAAUUAUUGGUAAAUCAAGUGAUUAUAAACAAAAAAAAUGA